AUGUUGGUGAAAACAACGGCUGUGUGGGCAGCCCUGUCUACAAUUGCUCUCGGUGCUCCUGAGUUCAGACGCUCCACAACUGGACGUCCCCAUCGUUGUGUUAUUCCCUCUUCAAACGGCACGGCCAGUGAUUCCCCAGCCAUCUCCAAAGCUUUCGCCAAGUGUGCCACCGACUCCGUCAUUGUUUUCCAAAAAGGCGUGGAUUAUAAUGUCUUCACACCCAUCAGUGCCACCAACCUCAGCAAUGUGGAGAUUCAGAUGAAUGGAAAUCUACACCUGCCACAAGAUAUCACAACCGUCCAGGAAAUCGUUAAUGGGACUGGCGGGACCCUAUACUCGGACGGCGAGUAUUGGUUUUCUUUCAAGGGUCCCCGUAUUGACUACACUGGCUCUGACAAUGUCAAUAAUGGAUGGAUCUAUUCAUAUGGACAGGCGUGGUGGGAUGCGAACCCAACCAAUGGCACCGGUCUUGACUCUCGACCUCAUCUGAUGAGCUUUGACACCACAGAUGGAUCUCUCAAAUACUUCAAGUCGCGCAAACCAAUUGCUUGGAAUGUGCAACUUCAAGGCGACAACAUCACAGUCAGCCAUGCCUUCAUCGAUGCCGAGUCCACGGGAUCAUUCCCCUUCAACACCGAUGGUUUUGAUGUCACAGCCACCAAUGUCCACAUCUCCGACAGUGUCAUCUACAACGGUGAUGAUGCCAUUGCUGUCCAAUCAGGAUCCCACAAUGUCAUUUUCGAGCGAAACACCAUUGGAUAUCAAAGCCAUGGAAUGAGCAUUGGAUCACUGGGAGAAGAUCAAUCAUCUUAUGCCAAUGUCUCCAACAUCCACUUUGAAGACGUGACAGUCAUCGAUGCUGUCUAUGCGUCCCGCUUCAAGUCAUGGUCAGGAGGACAGGGUAUUGCCAAAAACAUCACCUGGAAGAACAUUCGCGUAUACAACGUGACCUUCCCCAUUUUCGUUACUCAGAGCUAUACCAACCAAGGAUCUUCAGAGACUCAACUGGGUGACGGAACGACUACUGGUCGUGCUAAUAAUGCCUCUGUUAUGAUGGAAGACUUUACCUGGGCGGGCUUCACAGGCUCAGUUAAUAGCUGGCGUCCUGGUGAUGGUUCUUGCGUCACUGAUCCUUGCUGGUACAAUGAGGGUCUUCCCAAUCUCAAGCACACUGAAUCCAUCAUUAUUGAGUGCAAUACCAACUCAUCCUGCAAAGACUUCACUCUGAGCAAUAUUGAGGUUAUCCCCCAGAGUCUGGUUGAGCCCACAGUAAUCUGUAUCAAUGCGACAUCGACACUCAAUCCUGACUUGGGAUUCACGUGUCGUAAUGGCACUUACCUUCCUUCUUAA